GUCCGCGCGGAGCCGUGCAACUUAUCGGGAGCCUGGGCCAAAGUGAGCGCAAAGUGCUGCCCAAGUUGCCGGGAUGGAGCUGCAGAGCCGGCCCGAGGCGCUCGCGGUGGAACUCGCGCGCCACCAGAACGGCGACCUCAAGAAGCAGCUCCACGAGAGGCAGCCGCGGAUCGCCGCGCUCAGCGACAAACAAGCUUUGGGAUCCAUCACUGCAGUGCCUGUCACGGGUCCUCAGGUCAGCUCCUUGCAGAGGUUGGCCGGGCAAGGAGCGGCAGUGCUACCUCAGGUUAGGCCAAAGACUCUGAUUCCCGACAGCCUCCCCAUCACGCCGGGCCGGGACCGGCCGCCCAAGCAGCCGCCAGCGUUCCAGAAGGCCACCGUGGUCAGUAUCAAGAACCCCAGCCCAGCCCUCCCCACCGCCAACAACACCGUGAGCCAUGUGCCGGCGCCCGGCAGCCAGCCCCAGGCCCUCGCCGAGCCGGCCGCCAUCACCUCCUCCCUGAGCAGCGCCGGGGUGGCCUACGCCAUCAUCUCCACGGCCCCCAGCAAUGCCGCNNNNACCACCCCUUCACCCCCCCUCCAUAUCUCCCAGGUCAUCAUCAUUCAGCCUCAAGUGCAGACCCAGCCUGAGAGCACGGCGGAGUCACGCUCGGCAGAGUCACGGCCUCCCACGGAGGAGCCAUCUCAGGGAGCUCAGGCCACCAAAAAGAAGGAAGACCGGCCCCCGAGCCAGGAGAACCCCGAGAAAAUCGCCUUCAUGGUCGCGCUGGGCCUGGUCACCACGGAGCACUUGGAAGAGAUCCAGAGCAAGCGCCAGGAGCGGAAGCGGAGAAGCACCGCCAACCCCGCGUACAGCGGCCUCCUGGAGACGGAGAGGAAGCGGCUGGCGUCCAACUAUCUGAACAGCCCCCUGUUUCUCACAGCACGAGCCAAUGAGGACCCCUGCUGGAAGAGUGAGAUCACCCACGACGAGCUCUGCGCCGCCUGCAAGAGAGGGGCCAACCUGCAGCCCUGCGGCACCUGCCCGGGGGCCUACCACCUCAGCUGCCUGGACCCCCCCCUCAAGGCAGCGCCCAAGGGCGUGUGGGUGUGCCCCAAGUGCCAGCAGAAGGCCCUGAAGAAAGGCGAAGGCGUGCCCUGGACCGGGAUGCUGGCCAUUGUGCGCUCCUACGUCACCCACAAGACAGUCAAAGAAGAGGAGAAGCGGAAGCUGCUGCAGAGGGGCAGCGAGCUGCAGAGCGAGCACCAGCAGCUGGAGGACCGCGACCGGCGCCUGGCCUCGGCGGUGAAGAAAUGCCUGGAGCUGAAGACGAGCCUGCUGGCCCAGCAGAGGGGCACCCAGUCCUCCUUGGACCGCCUGCGGGCCCUCCUGAGACUGAUUCAGGGAGAGCAGAUGCUCCAGGUCACCAUGACGACCACCAGCCCCGCCCCGCUGCUGGCUGGGCCCUGGACCAAGCCCUCAGCAGCAGCCGUGCACUCUGCCCUCCAGCACCCCCAGGGGCACAACUGACCCAGAGGGACCCGUCUUCACCCCCAUGGAAAGUCACUGGGACCCUGCUCACAAGACCUGAGGGUUCUGUCAGCCUUAAUUCAUGAACACUAUGAAUUUCAGACAGAAAUGAAACCAGACAGAGAAAGACAGAGGAAAGAAGGGAGGCGGAGCUGGGUGAGAGUCCUAGGCCUUCAGGCUCACACAGGACCCCAGCA